AUGAAAUUGAUAUCCUCGUUUCUGGGGCUGACGGAAUUGGCUGGAGAUGGUGAUAAAUGGAGAGAAAGGUUCACCGGAGGUGGAGAUGAUGGUGGUGGCCGACGAUUUGUGUCUGCACUUUCCCUCUCAUCGUAUCUGUCGGAUCACGGCGGCGCGUCAUCCCAUCCACCAAUUCGCCGGCCUCCGAUCAUUAACACGAUCUUAGAGCUCAGUUCGUUGGUCGGGAUUCGCGUUUUUGCCUCUUCCACUGUGUGUGUGAUUUUGAACGGGUCUCUGAGGGAUCCAUCAGAAGAUGGAAAGUGCGUAUUAAUCUUGACUUCAUUUAGUUUUGCUAUGCUGUUGUUGUUUGUUUGGAUACUGAAGCUCUUGAAGCAUAUUUCAAGAGCGCAUGUAGUAUCGAGAAGAUUGUUGUUGGCUGAGAGGAAAAAGAUGAUUCCUUUUGGAAUGUUGAUUAAAGACAUUUGCAGGAAAGGAUUAUGCUGGUUAAACGAGAUUGAGAAAGGUUUCAUGAGUGGCUUCAAAAACCCUUGGAAACGCAAGUUAAUUCUAUUUCAAUCCGGAUUCAAGUCGAGAUUCAAUUCAUCAUCAAGCAACAUUUGAAGAUCAUUCAACCUGUGAUUCUCAUCAAUUCUAGUAAUUUUCAGAAACGAUUACUCCUCCUAAUGUUUAUUUGUUUCAUACUUUGAUAAUCAUUAGGCUACAUUUGUUUAAUGAUUCUACGUUUGAUUAUGAAUUCUAUUAUCUGUUUUAUUUAUUUCAUUCAAG